AUGUCAAUUACGAGAGUAGUGGUGGUGGAACAUGAUUUUGGGACUAGUAGUAGUCGUAGAGCUUUUGCUCAAGCAACUCCUCCGUUACGAACAGAACUGUCUAGCGCUAUGGAGGACGUUCACUUGAGCUCUUCGUCAUCUAAAAGAAUCUGGGUAAAAUAUGGUGACGGCCGGCCGGUAAAGGUUGCCUUCGACGGAAGCGAUGUGGACGACUUGAAAGAAGCAAUAAAGAAGAAGUUAUCGCCUGAUUUAGAUGAUGUGGCCGUUAGCCGGAUCACCCUGAGGAAGCACGGCAAGGAAGAAGACUUGGAUCCGGGACUAGUUAUAGAUGACAACUUUAAAAACACCUCGAAAACAUCUCUACAGCUUAUCAUAAAUGCACCUGCGUCCAACAAGAGAAAACUGUCCCCUCAUUCGCAAUACAUGGAAGACCUCAAGUGCAUUAAAAUGGACGAGCUAUUUUGGAAUCAUCAGCCCCCAUCAGCACAAGGCAUUCCGACUGAGUUGCUGCAUUCCGUGUUUGGUCAAUUCCUAGAUGACUGCACGGCCAUUCAACCAGAGUUCCAAGAUGUGCAGUUUACAUAUGAGUUCAGUGCUGAAAUGUCCAGAUACUUUUGCACUGAGGGUGCACGUGCAGCGAGUUUCCGGGAUCUAUUCAAGAAACACUUCGAUAUUGAUCUUUGCUGUGUUGAGUUGUCUGCCUCAGAUGACAAAAAUAAUAAGCUGAGGACUGACAGUACCUUAUAUGAGGGUAAAUUCAUGGUGAUAAAUGUAGAAGUAAAGUCAGAACUUUGCACUGGCACAAGCAAUCCAUAUAUCCAGAACAUUGCAUAUUACAAGGAAUACCUCCUUAAGAAUAGUAACAUCACCAAAAUGACCAGGCUUCCCUGUUUUCUUAUCGUUGUGUCAGGACCACUGUUCAGUAUCUCAACUGCCAUUUAUGGUGAAAAGGUCACUGUGGAUCCAUAUCCAUAUGUCCUUUCCCUUGAUUGCUCUUUAUAUCAUUAUAUGAGUCUCACCCAUGUCUUUUGUGCUCUAAGGAAUGCAUUAAAGGCCCUGCAGCAGUAUUACAUCAUGCCCCCACUUAUCGAGCCAGAUCAACAACCAUUUCCAUAUAUUGACUCUUUUUUGUUUGAUGAUGAAGUCUGUGUUUACUUCAAGUAUCAAACUAGGCUUAACCCAUUAGUGUUUGUUGUUCAGGUGGUGAAAGAUGCACCAGAGAACUUUCCGGAAUAUGUUGUUGUAAAAUUCACUCAUUGUUAUGAUAAAAACAUCCAUCAGGCCUUUGCAAAACUCAAGAUUGCACCACAGCUCUAUGGCUUUGAACAUCUACCUGGUGGAUGGAAAAUGGUUGUGAUGGCAUUUGUAGGUUAUGAUUUUAAGAUACUAUUAGAAUGUGAAAAAAAUCAAUAUAUCAAGCAGGCUGUGGAGGAAAUGGCAAUGAAGAUGCAUGGUGAAGGGCUUGUACAUGGUGAUCUACAUGAUUGGAAUAUCCUUUGCUGCUACAAUGACAAUGACAAUUCAGCAGAUAUAUUUUUUGUUGAUUUGGACUGGGCUGGCCAAGAAGGAACAGUUCAGUACCCCUUAAAUAUCAAUCCAGAUAUCACUCGACAUCAUGAAGCAACAGCUGGUAGUCUUAUUCAUAAAGAACAUGAUUUGUAUUUGUUACAGGAAAUUUUCAAAACCUGUAGAAGUUGUAAAUAG